AUGUAUUCAUCUAAAAGACCAUAUAAAAUAUUGCAAAAAGGAAAAAUAAAUGACGAUAAUAAAAAAGACACUAACGAAAAAAAAAAAGAAGAUAAGAUAUAUGAAGAUGGCAAGAAAUACAUUAGUGAGAGAAAAAAAAAAGAAGAAGAAAUGAAAUAUUAUGAUACAAGUUAUAGAAAAUAUACUAAUAAAAGCUAUGAAGAAAGUGAAAGAAGAAAAAAAAGUUCAAGAAAUUAUAAUUCUGGUAGUAACUAUUAUGAAAAAUACUCGAAGGUGUAUACUAAUUACUAUGAUGAAAAAUUGAAUAAUCAGGCAUCAUUAAAAAAAAAAAAUAAUGUAUUAGUGUCUUUGUUAAUUCAAUCAAAAAAUGAUGUCAACAAAAAAAAAAUUGUGGUAAGACAUUUACCUCCAACUUUAAGUGAAAAUCAUUUUUUUGAUUCAUUUUCAAAUAAUCUAAAGGAUGAAUUAGAUUAUUAUUAUUAUGUUAAUGGGAGAGUAGGAAAGGAUUCAUCAGGUGAUAUAAUUCAUUCUCGCAUUUAUUUAUCUUUUAAAGAUGAUUUGAAAACAGAAGAAUUCAUAAGAACUCAAAAUGGAAAAUUUUUUUAUGACUUAAAUGGGGUUAAGUAUAAAGCAAUUGUAUCGUUAGCACCGAAUCAAACAUUAAUACAAAAAAAUAAGCAUGAUGGUAGAAAUAAUACUUUAGACUCAGAUGAAUAUUUUUUAAAAUGCUGCGAAGAAAUGAAUAACCCUAUUCAACCUAUAAGGAAAGAUAUAGAUUAUUAUGAAUUAAUUAAUGUAGUAAAUGAAAAUGGCGCUAUAUUAUCUCCUAUAGUUGUAGAAUUAAGAAAUAAAUUAAAAAAAAAAAAAUAA